AUGUCCCGCCGAGCACCACCCCGCGACUACGACGAGGAAGAUGAAUUCUACGAAAUGGAACGAGAGCGUGAGCGAGACCACAGACCGCGCCGACGAGAUCGCGACUACGAGGAAGAUGUUGAAUAUCGUCGCCGAAGAUCUGAGCCUCUAGUGGAGGACAUGGAUCGUAUGCACAUCCGCGAACGUCCUAGGCGAGACUUUAUGGAAGAGAGCUUUGCGCCGCCGCGAGGAAGGGAUGAUAUGGUUCACAUGCGGCCAAGAGAGGAGGUAGAUAUUGUCUCGCCUGAGCGAUAUAUGCCUCUAGACCGCGAUGAUCCCUACAUGCGGCCGGCUGGGCCUCGGCGUAGACCUCGCCCUCAUGAAGUAGACGAGGAAGACAUGAUUUUUGAGGAACGAGAGAGACGCCGGGCUAGUCGGCGUCAGCCGCGAGACGUUGACGAGGAUUCGAUUUUCGAGGAGAGAGAAAGACGCAGGGAUAGGAGGCAUCGCCCCGAACGAGAACGAGAAGUCGAAGGUGAUCUUUUUCCCGACGAAAGUAAAAUGCGUGGACUAAGGAGGCAUCGUCCUGAACGGGAGCGAGAAGUCGAAGGCAGUGUCUUCAUCGAGGAAAGAGAAAGGCGCGGAGAUAGAAGGCCCCGCCCGGAGUUAGCAUCCGAAGAGGAUUUUCUGUCUGAGGAAAGACCAAGGGAACGAGGCAGUGGUAGGAUGCGUCGUUCAGAGCCAGGAUUUGAGGAAGACGAGGAACUCCUUGUCGAACGGGAAAGACGCCGAGGAAGUAGGCGCCACCCUCGGGAAUUCGACGAGGACGAUUUGAUCAUUAAAGACAGAGAAAUACAUAGAGGGAGCAGGCGUUACCCGGAACGAAGGUCUGAGGACGAUCUUCUCUAUGAAGAGAGAGAAAAGCGCCACCGCAGGCGACGUCCAGAAAGGGAACUCGAAGACAACCUCUUAGUUGAAGAGCGGGGAAAACAUGGGAGAAGAAGACGCCGUCUAGAGCGGGGAUUCGAGGAAGAAGAAAUGCUCAUUCGGCGGAAAGAGAGAGAAGAGCCUCCUUUACGUCGCGGAUGGGACAGUGAACUCGACAUUCGAUCGCGUGAAAGAAGAUUGGAGUUCGAGGAAGAGCCAUACCACCGACCACGGCAACGACCUCCGCCUCCCCAAAGGGUCGAGGUGGAAGAGGUCCUGCUUGACAAUGGGCGUCCCGAGCGACACCGAGGCCCAGUCGAUUUUCCAGAUCUAGAAUAUGAAGAUGAUGUGGUCAUCCGGCGGAAGGACAAGGGACCAGGGCCAGUCGACCGUGUUGAUGAGGAGGAUAUAGUUAAACGCGGGCGUGAAAAACGGCGCAGUGUACCUUCGGAGGAUCUCGAACGCGAAUUAAGAGGUCUUCGGCAAGAGGGCAGGGGCCGGAUUCCGCUGGAUGAUGAGCUUAGCGCGAGCUCGCAGUUUGACUCCAAGCCACGCACCAGAGACCUUAAAGAGGUUAAGGAAGAGAUCAGGACUCGAAAGUCAAAGGACAAGCUCCCAUCUCGCCAGGCGUCACCUUCUCUGGAUUCGAUACAUGUACCCCGGAGAGGUAGUUUUGAUGAGAUCGAUAUUCAACAUCGAAAAAUGCGAGGUGGACGAAUGUCAGAGGAAAACAUAGUCCUCAAACACCGUGACAGUGAAGAGUCUCUGACUCCGGAAGACUCAAUAUCUCCAACUAGCGGCCCAGCUGUUGAUUUCAACGAUCCAUGGGAGCGAGAAACAAUAUCCGCAACACGUCGUCGGCCCAAGUCGCUGGAAGACGAGAGCGAGUCGGAGUAUAGUCUCGGAACAAGUGACGCUCCUUCCAUGCGCGAAGUGGAAAAGGAUAUAAUGAUUGAGAGCACCCGGAUAGUGAACAAGGGUCCCAGAGGCACGGACGACUGGUCUGUGGUGCAUGCUCCAUCUCCCGACGAAGCUAUCGAGAUGACCGGAGCUCUGGACGUUGUUGAGGUCAAACCGCGACAUUCGUCAGUGGACGAAGCGGAAAUAGGACGAGUUGCUCAGCAGGUCACGGACCCAGAGGGGACACGAAACGAUCGGUGGACCGAAAUUGCGAAGAAACUGGUAGUGAGGGAAGCUAUUGAGCAGAUGGGUUUUGAGUAUGAAGAGACGAGGACAUGUUACUACAUCUUCUCGUACCUUAAAUCGGAUGACAUAGACGAGCUUGUUGAGUUGUCUGAUGAGAUCCGAAGUGCUCGUCGCAGACGAAUUCAUGACAUCCAGCGGGAGCGGGCCUUUGUUCCUGAUAUAGUACCUCAUAUGAGACCCCGUGUGGGCAUGGGAAUGCCUCCGCGUGCGCGGAUGAUAGAGAAGCGCAUGCAAGAUAUUCGAGAUCGAGAAUGGAUGCAUUCUCGGCGUGCCAUCGACGUUCAGUCAGUAUGUACGAUGGUAUACCGUUAUAUCCUCCAAUAUCCUUCAUCACGUCCUUCCCCGACGGUGAAUGCACCGCCCGGCGAAUACAACGCGCGGUUUCCAUUUGAAUAUAUAAAUAGCUGGAGAUCAGAACAAACGCUCUUCUCUCGUUCACACGCCCACGUGCCCGGAACACAUUGGGACAUCACAACACUCACCGUCUUUUUUUCGAUCCAGCCCUACCUCCACGUGAUCAAUAUGUCAAACGCAUCCGCAUCAGGUAGUACCCUCCCCUCUGGAAGUUCCUCAGAACUAGGUCGCUCCUCCACUGUGGUUCGUGUAAAUGAUGAGAAUUUCAAUAUCCCGUCUCCCCAGCGAAAGAUCAUCAUGCGCCAGCUCAGGAAAGCUUUUCUAGAACAACAAGUCCCCUCCCCAUUCUGGGCUGUCCUCCACGUGUGCGACAUCGAGAGGCUUGAGUGGAUUUUACAACUCGCCCACUUCUCACUGAAAAUCAUGGAUAGCUUUGCUGAGAUUAGUUGUACUCUUCCCUUCAAAUGGACGGUGACACCGUCUCCCUCCCAACAGUUGGAAACAGGAUACCCGCUUUCUAGUUUCAGUCCGCGGCCACGUGCUCCCCCAGUUGCAAUUUACGCUGCCAGACAACGAGAUGGAUACAAGUGUGUCAUCACAGGCACCCGCAAGAUUUACCAAACCGCUCCGAUCUUCCCAGCUAGCGCAUUCACCUCCAGCUUGAAGGAUGAUCCACUUGCUCCUAACAUUUGGAGAUUCGCCGAUGUGUUCUGGGGAAAGAGCAGAACCGAAAGAUGGAGACGGGCUGUUUUCAAUGACCCAACCCAGCCCGAAAAACCCGUCAAUGAUUGCACUAAUCUGAUCUGCCUUCGGAGAGACAUUCGAUCUGCAUGGUCAAGUGGUUUGUUCGCCCUGCGUCCCGUCUGGAUCUCCGAGGACAAUACCGAAAUGGAAAUCGAGUUCUACUGGCAGCCAAAGCCAGACCACAGGCUUUACGACAUGGUUGAAUUGUCCAAGGUGCCCGUGUCUAACAAGAAUGUCACCAGCGUGGAUCGACUGAUCGUGGUGGUAGGAGAGCGAGGUGAAUCAUCAUAUCAUGCUAUUGAGUCCGGCUACAAAUUUAGAAUGACAACCGACGACCCCAUCGAGCGACCACUUCCGAGUUUCGACUUGCUGGACAUGCAGUGGCAUUUCACUCGAAUGGUCAGCUUAUGCGCUGCGGGCAGUUUCUUCGAUGAAGAUAGUGAGGAUGGAUCUGACGCCAAAUCCGACAUUACUACCCAACCGGAGCAGCCUUCCACCCCGCCAAACGAGGACGUUCUGGCCUGGGUUGAAUCUUUUUCGCUCGAUUCCGAUUCCGAUUCCCCUCCUGGCUCAGAAUCAGAAUUCGUUGAGGAUAUUAAUGUAUUAAUGGUCGGCCCUCUGCCAGGGUCCGACACCAACCGUUCGCGCAGUGUUAGCCAGAGUUCGAAGAGUUCCGAGAAGACAGCAGAUAUGGGUUCGGCGGGCCCAGCAAGUGUGGAAAGUUCAACCAGCGUGAUUGAUGUGAUUUCCGGAACUGGUCAUCUAUCCAUUGACUUCAAACGCGACAGUUAA